CGUCUCAGCGGCCAUCUUCAAAGCUUCGCAGCGAUCUGCAAUCCCCAAAUUGAUUUUCGGAGAGAAUUGGCGGAUUAUUCCAAAUCGCAGUUUCUCGAACUCUCCUCUACCGAACCGAUUUCUUCUCUCUCUCUCUCUCUCGAUUGUUCUUCGCUUUUGUUCCAAAACCUGAGGUUUGUGGCGGUAAAUUUGUCCGUGAUUUUUUAUUUUUUGGAGUUAGAUGGAUUGGGGCAACGUUACAGCUGAGGACCUGAUCGAGGCGCUACGAGAAGUCGACUGGUCAUCUCCGCCGCGUCCGCUCUCGGAGUUUUUCUCCAGAUUCACUUUGCCGCGUUCUUAUGCUAAAUGGAACAGUCGCCUCAAAUGCAACCUUUAUUACUAUCGGACGAACUAUUUCAUCAUGAUAGUGUUCAUUCUUGGAUUGGGCUUUCUAAGGAGGCCACUGUCAAUUUUAGCUGCCUUAGCCACAGCUCUGAGCAUUGCCUUUCUAAAUGAUAGCUUUGCAGGCACAUUUAGUGAGAAGGCCACAAGAACUGUCAGACAGUUUUCUCCACAUCUAGCUGCUAAAAUGAGACCUCCGCUAACUCCUGUAAUUCGGGGGCGACCAUCUGCAAGAAGAACAAUACAUAUUUGUGGGCAGCCUCGAUGGAUGUUUGUUUUGAUAUUUUCUACCGUGAGUUUCAUCCUCUGGUUCGUCUCUUGUGGCAUUAUUACGGUCUCAUGGGCACUCGCUGCUGGUCUUAUUGCCACUCUCGUCCAUGCAAGCUUUCGGACGCCAAACCUAAAAGCUCGUUUGAACACAUUCCGUGAAGAAUUCCGCGCUGUGUGGCGCAACUACAGCGAGCUGUAAUUCAAGAAUGAUAGUUGGCGUUGUUAACAUUUUGUUUACCGCAAAACUAGCAGAGUUUUGGUGCAAUCCGAAUGAAUGUUGGGCCGAAGGGGAAGGUACGGAAGCUUCUAGAAUUCACCCUAUAGAAUUAGUUUUACUACUACUGCUUGUAGUGGAUCUGGAGCCAUGAGCUAGAGUUGGCUUUGGUUGCACCAUUGUUUGUGAAGAAGAUCGAACCAUUUAUUUCUAUGGAUCGAUCUUUUGGUAAUGUUUUUAGUGCUGCAUCUGCUUCUAGAUUAGAUUCUGCUUUGUUUUUGGGCUUUGGUUUCAUAAUAAUAUAUGACGUUGACGAUGGAAUUAAUGAAUGAAUGAAUAGUUAUUGA